UUUCUUGACUAACCUGGCGCUGAUUAUCGUCCCGAUUGUCGUGGUGAUAGCAGUAGUAGUUGGGGUUGUCAUGUUUCUACUACUGCGGAGAAGACGGAAUCACAGCGCUCAAGCAAAUAAACAAUACGGCCAACUGGGUAACGUAGAAUCAGGAGACAAAAAUCAAGGUGGCAUCGAGGAUGAAACAUUGGCCAACCUUGCAGGGGCUCUGGUCGACGAAAGCGACCUUUCCACGCUUGGUCGAAAUCUUGGCAUCCGGCAGUUCAAGCUGAAUCAGGUCUCCAAGGAAAACGAGCGGGCCACCAAUAUCUUUGGUACCAACUCCAUCCUGUUCGUGUGGAAGGAGAAGACUCCUGCAGCGAAACAGAUCCCCAUGAUGGUGAAGGCUUUGGAGGAGUCCGGUUUCGAGAACUUGAUCACUGAACACUUCCCUAAUGAAGCUGGAGUCCCGGAUGAGAAGAUCGCAGCGCUUGCUGAGAAUCUGAAGGAUGAAGAUGCCAUCGAGCAGCUUGGCAUCAACUUCGGCUUCAGGCAGUUCAAGGUCAAUCAAUACCUCAAGAGCAACAGAGACCAUGGCGAUCAUUCAGGAACCCUGGCCAUGCUCCAGGCUUGGAGGAAGAAGACCCCUCGGACGAGGCAGACACCGAACCUGGUGGAAGCCCUCAAGAAUGCCGGCAUUGAUGGGUCGUUCAACAACAAUUAAGAUAACUGAAGUUCUGAACUCAAGGUGACAUCACCUGUUGGAACCCUGAUAUCUCUGCCUCAACAUGAAGAAAAGUACAUUUUGAGGCUUAUGGACAUUAUUUAGGUGAAAUACUGCCAUCAUCGUCAUAUCCCGAACUUUUACUCCACAUUCAUGUUAUGUCUAGGAAAGGAAGUCGAUUCUUGUGGAGACGAUGCAGACUGUGAAUUUACAACACGACGGCGAUUAAGAGCGAAUAAUGAUGAAUGAAGGCAGAUAAACGUUUAUUUUUAUUCAGUUAUUAUUUUUAGAAAGCCCCUUGUUACUGUUUCUGCUUUUCG